GCACGCUCGACUCGACAUGUCGUUGGAGAUUGAAGAGCUUCGGCGCCAGCUAGCAGAUGCUGAACAACGGAUUUCGGCAUCUCACCAGCGGUCGUCCAAAACAAACCUCCCCACAUUUCUUGAUGGCCUCCACAAGCACCUCUUCCUCGGCCUUCAGGUCCAACCGGACGAGACCCAGUCGUCGCGUGGAGAUCCCGCAAAUACGACCAACAAACUUCGCCCCAGAUACCUCAGGGCCUGGGACACAUUGGCAAAACUUGACCUGAAUCACUUUCUUCGCCAGACCGUUGAGGACCACGUUUCCAAAAUCAUUGAAGAACUUUAUAAGGAUCCGGUUCUUAGGCAGGCGUUUGGUUUAAGAGGGUCGAUUCGUUUUCAAAACCAUUCCGAUGCUUUGAGCCCGGAGCAGGAACUAGUAGAAGGGUUGCAGAGCGUGGUUUCUUGUGGUCGCCCUGCACGAAGACGUUCGCCGCGUCUCGCUGAGCGCGAGGAACGUGCAUCAAGCGCGGCCACUCGCCAACCAAAAACACCACGGAGAGUCCGAACCACAAGGCCCCGUGCCGAUCAGUCUUGCGUUUACAACAUUCCGAAUGAGAUCUCCAAAUCUACACAUUGCGUCGCUGCCUACAUCAAAGAAUACAAGUCCCCGCACAAAGUGACGCUGGGCCAUAUCUACGAGGAGUUGGGGGACAUCGACGUUGAUGAGGUGAUUCUGGAGAAGGCAGAUGAACCCUCGAAAGUUCGGUUCCAGCGAGCGCUUCUCGGACUCCUUUCGCAGCCAUUCGACUAUAUGGUUCAUGCUCGUACGCAGGUAGGGGUCUUUACCACUGGCGAAGUAGAUAUCUAUUUGCGGAUUGGCGAGGACCCUUUCACACUUUUUUACCACCUUUCAGUUCCGAAGGGUGACGUCGGACAGGAAACUGGAUGGGAUCCUUGUUCAGACCGCCCAAAUCGUUUGCAUUUGACUGCGGUGGGUCAAGCUCUCGCUUUUACCCUCCAAGCCCUUAGGUUACGUCCCUGGAGCCAGGCUUGGGGACUGCAAGCGACAAAUACGUUGCCAACAUGGGAAGUUGUACCUGCGGACAUUCUAGACGAUGUCUCCGAUCAGGAAGUGCCUUCUUCCGAAUAUCGUCCGCCAAAACCUGCCGAAUUUCUCCGGUCAUCUCCGAUACAACCACGUCGCCGGAGACCCAAACUCAGCACGAGUGAUUGUCGACCAUUACACGUGCAUAAUAAUCGUGAUGAGGAUGAUGACCCCAUGCACCGAGCCGGAAACCACGCUUGUCCCAAUGUUCGUGAUCAUGGCCAGGGAACAACGCGUCAUGUUAUCAGUUCAAAAACUUUCGUCUGCAAGUUGCAACGCCAGCUUUCUGAGACUGUCAAUGCAGAUUGUGAGACCAUCGGGAUCCACGGCUCUCGAGGCGCCCUCUUGAAUGUGACUCUUUCAUCGCAUGGAUACACUGUGCCCGCGACGUGCACCGUGUCGGAAUUCCGUGAUCGCCACCGACAUGAAGCAGCUGUAUACGACAAACUUCGUUCAAACCAGGGCAUAUAUAUUCCUCUCUACCUCGGAAGCAUUGACUUGGCUCAUCCUUAUAGCUACGACGGGAUUGCUUAUCUCGAGCAUAUGAUGCUGUUGAGCCCAAGCGGGCAAUCUCUGGACCUAGCUCUCACGGAAUUGGGCCGAACUUCGAUCCAUUCCCGAAAUGUUCUUCACAAAGAUCCGGCUCCGAGGAAUUGGUCGUACAAUCCGGAAAGCAAACAUGUGGUGUUUUUUGACUAUGAAAGAGCUGAGCUUAUUGAGCCCCGUCCAAUUUUGAGUGAGAUGUCACCGAACCGCAAACGCAAAAGGACUGAACAUGGUGUUCUGGAUUAA